CUCGGAAUAUAAAGUUAGUGUGUACGAAGCGCUCGUUCGUGAAAGACUGUCAGCGGAGGUAAGCGGGGCUCAGGUCCCUAGCUGUAAAAGGUUUAACAUCCGGAGUGUGGACAUUGGCUGUGAUAAUUUAGCUUUUCUACCAACAUUUUUGUUCGUUUUUUAUCUUAAGUUCUCAUCAUCCAAAGAGCAUCAAAAUAUAAAAUCCCAGAAAAUCCUUUACGAUAGUCAUUCGUGCCACAUAAGAAGUUCUUUCCUGAAAAUUGAGGACGACGCCAUAUUUGAAAGUCUGUCUCUUCGACUAGUCAGUUGUUACCAUCGACGGGUGUUGUUUCUUGUGUGCGUGCGUGUUUGUGAUUUUCUUGCCGCUUCUCAAAAAGCAAAUCUGGAGUGAUAGAUUUGUUUCGUUGUGAUAAAAAAAAGCAGCAGCAACCAUUCAUUUCUUCGUGAAUAAAGAUCGAACUGGAAUCAUGGAAAUAGAAAGCGCAUCGACUUUUUUGGCUAACCUCCUAAGGUUGGAAAAUCGUCAGAUCAAAAUCGCCAGGGUCGAAAUGUUCCGACGUACCUUGGAAGAACUUCUAAGGCACCAUUACCAACACCACUGGUUUCCAGAAAAACCCUGCAAGGGAUCGGGAUAUCGUUGCCUUCGAAUCAACCACAAAAUGGACCCUCUUAUCGCAAAAGCUGGUGAUGUUUGUGGUUUUAACGAAGCAGAUCUUCGAAAGCUUCUGCCGAACGAGCUCACGAUGUGGAUAGACCCCCAAGAGGUGUCAUAUCGCAUUGGUGAGAAUGGUAGCAUCUGCAUUCUGUACGACGGCAAGCUGAACGAAUUUUCACCCGAUAUCAACAACAAGUACCACCACCUCCAGUACCAGCAGCCUAGUACCAUCAGUACCUCAACGUACUCUCCCGUGUCCAAUAGCAGGUACCAUGGGUGUAAGGAAAGUGCGCGUGGUAAUCUCUCGUGGGAUAACUAUGUGUCCGAUUCCCGAAAUCGUGGUAUGGAACAAUUUGCGGCUUACGUUUCCAGCUAAAAUGGAUGGAAAAUUUUUUACCAACCGGAGCUGAAAAACGGAUAUAAAAUGGGUUUUAACAGUCCACUUCUCCAGCCAAAAUAUUUAGGCGUACCAAGUGACGCUGAUAGCAAUGUGAUCUUAUUUUUUUUUUCUUUCUAUUGGAGUAUUUAAAAAAAAAUGGAUUUAAAAAAAAGGUAAAGCAUUACGUUCUCAUGUAUUAUAUACCUUUUUUUUAACGUAAAAUUAAUAUUUGAAGCAAUCAUUGUUGUAAGUAGAUAUCAUUUUAUGUACUAAGAUUUUCUUUUUCUUAUGUCAUGGGGAAUUUUUUGCGGGACCACCGGUUAAAUGAAUCUAUUCCAACACCGUUGGCUUUCCGUCGAUUAAAAGUUACCCAGCAUCGGACUGCCAACUUAGAUGACGACCUGGAUUGUAAUAGAAAUGUUGACUUUUUUUUUUAUUUCACCGUCCGAAGUUAUGUUUCCAUGGAACAUUAUUUUGAAACUACAGUAGUGAGAAUGGCGUGAUUUAAAAAAAAAAAAAAAAAAACUGUUUAUCACUGUGAUCAAUAUAUGCCCACCUAUUACGAAGCUCUCUGUUGUGUUAUUAAAAAAAAUAAUAAUGGAGCUUAGUAAAGAUUUAAGACAGGCCAUUUUUAAUUUUCCUCUUCCUAUAAAUGCUACUAACCAUCUCUGUUGCUUAACUGUCUUCUGUCCUAUGAAGCAACAAUGCUUAAAUAUCUAUGCAAAUUUCUCUCAUCAUAAUGUCAUGCAAUUUUUAAGUUUCAAAGUCAAAUCAGUUUUUGUGUAUAAAUGACCGUUAAAAUAAUCGAAUUUUGACUUGUAUUUUUCCUCAAUGUGGGUAUUACAUUUUGUUGCUAGUCUUCCUUCUAUUAUGACAUGAUGCACAAUUAUUGAAAUGUCAUAAUUGUAAAUUUGUUGUAGGUUUUUGUUAUAGGCUUAUUUGAUUUGUCAAUGUUUUAAAUGAAUUUUUUUUAAAAAAAAGUAAGAGUUUUUAAAACUUGGUUUAAUAUUUUUGAAACAUUUUUGUCAUGAAUGUAUUUUGCUUCUAAAUAAUCAAUUCUGUGUAUAUCAUCUUAUUCAUAAAUGACAUACGUUGUGCCACAUUAAAUACCCUUUGGAUGAAAAAAAAAAUGUAAAAUAAUGACUAAAGUCCUAUUUUUAAAGGCAUUGUAAUAUAUUUAAUUGUUGAGUAUUUACAGUACAAUUUUAAAUAUUAUAUAUAGAAAACUUCCAAAGGGUAUAGCAUUUUAAGGAUGUCAUUUGUAAAUGAGAAAUAUACGGCAUUGUUGCAAUAUCAGUAUCGCCAGGUUGCGAAAAAUGAUAAAAUUUUCUGAUUUGUAUAUUUUCUAUUUAAGCUUUUUAAUUUCUUUUCCUGUUAAAAAAAUUAAUUCUGAUUAUCUUAAUUGUUUCUGUUUUGCCAUUUAACUACUACUGUAGGGUUUACUAUUUCUAUUCUUUCUGGAUUUCCAUUGAGCUGGCUGUCCUCUGUACAAGUCAUCCUGUACAAAUAUUUGUAAAAAGUUAUUUUAUGUCUGUACAGUGAUGUUAUAUAGAAGUUUUGUACAGUGACUUAAUAAAAGUACAUGCAGCAUA